ACUACACUUUAGUCACACUUAUCCAGCUCAGUCUGUUUCACCACUUACCAGCAUAAAACAAUUAAAACUCUUGAGCAGAGACUCAGAAACUUGAAUUCCCCUUCUCUUUGGAGAUAAUUCUUCAAGUAGGGCUAUAUAAGUUGUGGCAUAAUGUUACAAUUUGCCCUGUUACAGUAGCUCUAUUUUAUUUCAAUUUACUUGUACACAUAAGAUAACAGAGUGAACGUGUUUAAAAAAGUAGCAAGACACAUGGUAUGCCCUAUAAAGUAUCACCGAACUAUGAUAAUUACACCCAACAUGAAAAGCUAACUGAGAUUAGGAAGAGAAGAAACGUUGUGGUGUAUGAAAGAUCUCCUGAAAACUACAACAACACAACCCUGUUUUUCUACCAUGGAGCGGGAGGAACAUACAAGCAAUUUAAAAGUCAGAUAUCCCACCUACUGAGGCUUGGUUACCGAGUGGUCACAUGUGACAUGUUCGCUCAUGGCAAGAGCAAGUGCCCAGCACGUCCGGAGAAUUACAUGUUCACGUUUGAGCAGUACUGCUAUGAUGCUUUGAGGCUGUUUGACAGAUACAGUGUGAAUAAUCAUAAUGUUCUGAUUGGACACUCGUAUGGUACUAGUUUGUGUACUCUAGUGUACAACGAGCGACAAAGCAAGGUGAAGAAGCUGAUCCUGAUAAGCGGAGGAGGACCUUUUGCUCUAGCUCCCGAAGACUUCUCUCUGUUUUCUCUACCUGCCUCUCUGCUCUCUUGCUUUAAACCUCUCAUAUUAAAAGUUUUCAAGGAGGUUUGUUUCCACUCGCCAGUAAAGAAGUCGUCAGUUCCCAACUCGGAGCUACUAAGUAUAGAAAUAGGAAACUUACAGCAAGUGAUGAGAGGACAGAAGUGGGACGAGGGAGAUGAGGCGUACCACGCUCUAAUAAACUGUCCAGUCCUGCUGCUGGUGGGGCGGCAUGACAAGUUUAUACCGCUGGCAGAUGAGAUGACCAUGAACCUUGUUAUAUCACAGUCGGUGCUUCAUGUUUUAGAAGGUGGACAUAUGCUACCAAUUGACUGUUCUGAUGAAGUCAAUGACAUCAUCACUUCGUUUCUUAUCAAUGAUCUUGAUGUUCAUUCCAAGUUGCACGAGAAUACUAUUUUUAAGAAGCCACAAGAAGAAGUGACAUGACAAACAGCGAGGAGUCAAGAAAGUCGUCUGUCUUGGAUGGGUAACGCUUAACAUGUUGGAAAUUGUCGAGGAUAGAUCGGAUUAUGGCUGCUUCACAUGCAAGAUCGCUUCAUUUGCCGCCAAAGAUAAUCAAUCGACGAACACUGAAGAAAUAGUUGCU